AUGGAGAAAUCUAAUUUGCAAGAUACCAAUGAAAGUUGUGACGAAGAAUUGACUGAAGAAGAGGAACUGGACUUGAAUAAUAUGGACAGUUAUUUUGAUGCAGAAAUUGGGGAUUUGGUAAAAUCCCAGUUUUGCAUUCUAAAAAAACUCGGCCAGGGCCAAUUUUCGAAUGUUUGGUUGUGUCGGGAUAUUUUAAAAUCUGAAUACAUUGCAAUGAAAGUUAUCAGAAGUAAAACAUUCUACAGGGAAUGUGGGCAUCAUGAAAUAAAUAUGUUUAAAAAGAUUCCUUCUACUGAUCCUUCAGAUCAAAGAUGUGAAAGAUUAAUGAAACUUUCAGAAAACUUUAUAGUACCAAGCAAAGUUGAAGGCGUUCACGUAUGCAUGGUUUUCCAAACAAUUGGUUAUGAUUUACGCUCAUUCAUCCAAGAAAGAUAUUCCGAAGGAGCUCCACUAUUUAAAGUCAAGAGCAUAAUUCGACAAAUUCUGGAAGGGGUUGAUUAUUUGCACUCAAAAUGUGGAAUUAUACAUACUGAUCUCAAACCAGAAAAUAUAUUAAUUUGUCUUGGUGAUGAUGAUAUUAGAAUGAUAGUGGAUUUCGCCAAUAUGCAAGAAAUAAGGCCUGAAAGUGGAGAGGAUCAAAUUAAUAAAAAUGCUGAGAGUUCUUUUGGUAAAAUUCAAGAAACUGGCAAUGAAAAUGCAUCUGGGUCUGGUGCUGUUUCUGGGGAUAUCCAAACAAAAAAAUUCAAAUCACGUUCACCUGUAGAUUGUACUCCUAGACUAAAUAUAUUUUCAAGAGGAGACAUAAAGAUCAAAAUUACUGAUUUUGGUACUAGUUGUACAAGGUCAGAUAUACUUUCAUCUCCAAUUCCAACUAGCCCUUAUACAUCACUAGAAAUGUUAAUAGCUGCAGACUAUGGGCCUCCUGUUGAUAUAUGGAGCAUAGCUUGUAUAGCAUAUGAGCUAGCUACUGGAGAUGUUUUAUUUUAUCCACCUUCUUUCGACGGUGUUUCAAAACAUGAAAUUCAUAUUGGUCUCAUGAUACAACUACUUGGAAAUAUACCCAGAACAAUUCAAGAUGCAGGAUUGCUGUCACCUAAAUAUUUAUCAGAAUCAGGAGACUUAAUAAAUGUUGAUACAUCAGAGCGAUGCUCCUUAGAUCAAAGACUCGCCCUACUAAAAAAAUGGAAUAUUAUGCUAGCAUUUCCGUUUGCAGAUUUUUUGUUAAGUAUGCUGAAGUAUGAUCCUACGAGAAGGCCUACUGCUUCUGAAUGCCUUCAAGAUCCUUGGUUAAAAUUAUAA